UAUAUAUCUCAACUUCAAUUUUUAUACAGCGAAGAAAUCGUAAAACGACAAAUUUGUGAAGCGGAGCAACCAUUUUUCUUUUCCCCGACGGCGGAAUACGCCGGUAAUUUUGUGGAUACGUAUUUGAAGAAAUCGUUUCUCAAUUCUCCUCACUCGUCGACUUUUGCCCUAGCAUAGAUCAGGAUCAGUGCUUAAGAUUUGAAGUUUGUGGGAGAAUAUAAUGGCGAAGAUCAAACCUCAAGCUCUCUUACUGCAGAGUAAAAAGAAGAAGGGACCCAGUCGAAUUAGUCUCGUUACAAUUGCAAUUUACGGACUGAUUGUUGUUGUCAUGGCGUUUUUUCUUUUCACCUCCUACAGACAUUGGAAUCGGAGGUCAAAUUUUCAGGAGGAGGAUAAUUUAUCGAGUGCAGAGCAUGACUCAUUUGGUGAUUCAAAGAAAGUUGAUGUGCCAAAAUAUGCGGUGAUAACAACUUCGAAAGGCUCAAUAACUGUGGAACUUUACAAGGAAGGUUCUCCAGAAGUUGUUAGUGAAUUUAUUAAGUCGUGUCAUAAAGGACGCUUCAAAGGAAUGCUUUUUAACCGUGUAAUAAAGAACUUUGUCAUUCAAGGAGGUGAUGUUAAUAGACCUGGAAAUAUGGAAGAUUGGACCUCAAGGGGAAAACAUUACAAUCAACUCGAUACAAGCCUGAAGCAUGAGGCAUUUAUGCUGGGCACUUCCAAGACAAAACAUGAUGGUGGUGGAUUCGAUCUUUUUAUCACUACAGCACCAAUCCCAGACCUAAACGAGAAAAUUAAUGUAUUCGGACGUGUCAUAAAGGGUGAAGAUGUUGUUCAGGAAAUUGAAGAGGCAGACACGGAUGAGCAUUAUCGGCCUAAAGCACCCAUAGGCAUCAUAGAAGUUACCUUAAAACAAAAGUUGUAAUGGAAGUUAUGCUCCGUGAUAGUCUUCUGCCUUAGGAUGAAACCAUCUGAUUAGAGGAAACGAUCUUAUGGUUUGAGUUAUUAUCUUCUUGUGUCACUGUCGCAUGCGGACUCUUAUUCCUCUAAAUGUUUGCUGAUUGUACAAUCACUUCUGAUGCACAAGGGCUUCUUCAUUUGCUCCAUUUUGUAUAAUUUGCCUCCCAUUUGAUCCUAUUCCUUAUUACUUUCUACUGUAUUUUGUACACAAAUUGCUUUUUGUUCACAUUACAAAGAUUUUGUUGUCC